AAAAGGUUUUUUAAAAUAAUAAAACAAUUGAAUUGAAAGAAGAUUUUAUACUUCCAGAUUUGGGAUAUCAGAGUUUCGACUGGUUCGAUGAGGGUAAUCAAAGGUCCUCAUAUAUGCGGUGAUGCCAUCGAUAUAUGUGAAACGCGCAUCCUUACAGGCUCUUGGGUAGUGCGUGAUAGUCUACAAAUAUGGGAUCUGAUGAGCGCGAAACUCAUCGAAACGAUAAAUCCGCAAAACAGAUUGUCGACUUUGAACGGCGAAUUUCUUUAUGCAGUACAAUAUUUUGAUGGGGAUCCCUAUGGUGAUCUUAUCCUGACUGGAGGCUCCGGUACUGGUGCACUUGAAGUGAUUAGUUUAAAAGAAAAGAAGGUAAUGGGAAGUAUCAGUGUAAGCAAGCCGAUUUUUACCAUAGACAGCCACCAGACUACAAUAAUAUUUGGUGGCAUAGAAUCUGUGUUAAGACUUGGAGAUUAUUAUUGAUGUAAUAUCGUACUGAUCAAGUUAUUAAAUCUUAUUAAAUAAUAUAA